AUGGACAGUGGCGGUGAUAGUGGUAAUAAAAAGGUGGAAGAUGUAACAGUGCAGAAGAAGGAGCUUCCGUCGAACUUACAGAAAAUCUGUCUCGUCUGCGGAGACAAAGCUUUAGGCUAUAAUUUUAAUGCAAUCUCAUGUGAGAGUUGCAAGGCGUUUUUUAGACGUAAUGCAUUAGCCACUAAGGAAUUUAAGUGUCCAUUUACUAAUAACUGUGAGAUUACUGUUGUAACGAGGCGUUUUUGCCAGAAAUGUCGACUGGAGAAAUGUCUAGCGGUUGGAAUGGUGAAGGAAUUCAUUAUGUCAGAUGAGGAUAAAGCUGAAAAGAGACGAAAGAUAGAAGAGAACAGAGCGAAGAAACGCCAGCUCUGCGAUCCAGAUGAUGCAGUUAGCAGCUCUAAGAAUUUUAAACGGGAUGAUGAUGUAAAUACUUUGAGUAAUUCAAAUUAUGUCACGCCAAUGCAAGAGGCAUCCAUAGUUCAGUAUGAUGUCCUCAACAGUACAACAUGCAGUCCAAACAGCACAGUUCAGUCACCUUUAAGCAAUGACUUGGAUAAUUCUAUUAAUUCCCCACCUGUAUAUCAUCAGUAUGUUCCAGUCCAAAAUGCAGAAAUUCCCUAUACAAUGAAGGUUUAUCCAAUAGAUGAGAAAACUGUUAUCAAUAAUACAGUUUAUGAACAAAGGGUCAUGGACCAAUAUGUGUGUGAUAGUGUGGACAGUUUGUACUCGGAACCGCCUAAACAAAAUAGUAUAAGGUCAAUACUAACAAAUGGAGACGCAACAAUAUAUAGAGAAGCAAAACCACAACAUAUCUGUGAGGAAAUGCCUUCCACCAGCAAUAAUCCUGAUGUUAACAAAGCCAGAGACAUACUACAGGAUGUGGAAAGAAUAGAACCGAAUUCAAUGGAGUCAAUAUUAUGUGAAGCAAUAAAGUUAGAGUUUGAAGCUUACACCUCGGUCAACUCUUGCAGCGGAUCUUCUAGAGAGCUUAAUGAAGUGGAACGUGCAAAAUUGAAUGAAUUGAUCGUCGCCAACAAGGCACUACACGCGCCUAUAGACGAUGACGUAUCGCAACUGAUCGGUGACUCAGCUAGUACCGCAGGACUAAAGACAGGCGACGGCAAACAUGAUCCGAGACUGAUAACAAUAGUGAACCUUACCGCUGUCGCAAUAAGGCGCUUUAUCAAAAUGGCGAAGAAAAUUAACGCUUUCAAGAAUAUGUGCGAAGAGGAUCAGGUAGCUCUUCUAAAAGGCGGCUGCAUAGAGAUGAUGGUCCUUCGGAGUACAAUGACUUAUGACGGACAAAGGAAUCAGUGGAAGCUCCCGCACAGCCAGAAGCAGUUCGGCAGCAUCCACACGGACGUGCUGAAGCUGGCCAAAGGCGACGUGUACCGCUCGCACGAGGCGUUCGUGCGCUCGUUCGCGGCGCGCCUGCGCACGGACGAGCACGUGAUCCUCAUCAUGUGCGCCAUCCUGCUGUUCACGCCGCAGCGUGCGCGCGCCGUGCACCGCGACGUCAUCAAGCUCGAGCAGAACUCCUACUAUUAUCUCCUACGGAGGUACCUAGAAAGUAUAUACCCAGGUUGUGAAGCAAAGUCUACGUUCCUUAAACUAAUACAGAAGAUUUUGGAACUUAGGAAGCUCGCUGAAGAACUAACAGGGGUGUAUUUGGACGUUAACCCAAUAGAGCCAUUGUUAAUGGAGAUAUUUGACUUGAAGCAUCACGCUGCAUGA